AUGAGCGUACCGUGGAGCGGCGCUGCGCCCUGCGUGCGCCCGUCCAGGGCGACGCACAAGCGGCUGGACUCGGACUCGGAGCCGCAGCCUCCGAGCAAGCGCGCCCGGAGGCUGAGCAGCGAGAGCGGGGACGCGCACGGAGGACUCCUCGGGACCGCCGCCGCCGCCGCGACCACCCCGUCUACCGUCACCCAGCGAGGGCCGUCCAAAAUCGGAGCCUUCCUGCUGGUGCCCUCCGCCGAGCACUGCCGCGCCGUGCACGUCGACACCGGCGACGAGCUUCUAUGCAAGGUGUUCAGCAUGGCAGAGUACCAACAAAAGAUCCGUGCCUACGGGGCAGUGCCCCCCCACCGGAACGUGUCCGCUGUUCGGGAGGUGAUCUUGGGGGAGCGCGAGGCCUACAUCUUCCUGGAUAAAGACUUUGGCGACAUGCACACGCUGGUCAAAAGCCGACGGCGGCUGGACGAGACGCAAGCCCGGGUGCUUUUCCGGCAGAUGGCGGAGGCGGUGGCACAUUGCCACCAGGCGGGCGUCGUGCUUGGCGACCUCAAGCUGCGCAAAUUUGUCUUCGCCGACGAAAAGAGAACCCAAGUCCGUCUGGAGAGCCUAGAGGACUGCCGCGUACUAGAGGACCCGAAUGACGACGCCAUGUGCGACACCCACGGCUGCCCCGCUUACGUCAGCCCCGAGAUCCUCAGCGGAGCGGCACCCUACUCGGGCAAAAUGGCCGACAUGUGGAGCCUAGGCGUGGUGCUGUACACCAUGCUAGCCGGCCGCUACCCUUUCCACGACGCCGACCCAGCCGCGCUUUUCUCCAAGAUCCGACGGGGACACUGUUGCCUGCCCGAGGGACUCUCGCCCGGUGCGCGCUGCCUGGUCCAGAACCUUCUACGGAAGGAACCGUCAGAAAGACUGACAGCCUCCGAAUUGCUAGCUCACCCGUGGUUCCGAAGCCCGACUACGGAAGCUAAUCCUGCCGAGCAAACGGUGCCGUCUUUUCACGUAGAAGACGACGACCUUCUACUCUGCUGA